AAAAAAAUGGUGUAGUGGAAAACAUUACUGGAACGCCACCUUCGGGUCCUUUACCACCAUUAAGUCUGAGGAAAGCCUGCGGCGCCGAGGACUCGCAGUAAAUCAGCAAAAUGGGUCGUAUGCAUAGUGGAGGAAAGGGUAUAUCCCAGUCUGCCUUGCCAUACCGCCGCUCCGUCCCCAACUGGCUCAAGCUCACCAAGGACGAUGUGGAGGACCAGAUUGUAAAGCUCGCAAAGAAGGGCCUCACUCCUUCCCAGAUCGGUGUGAUUCUGCGAGACAGUCACGGUGUUGCCCAGGUGAGAUUUGUCACUGGCAACAAGAUCCUUCGUGUGCUUAAGGCUAAGGGUUUGGCCCCAGACAUCCCAGAGGACCUGUACCACCUCAUUAAGAAGGCUGUCUUUAUCCGCAAGCAUCUGGAAAGGAAUAGGAAGGACCGUGACUCCAAGUUCCGCCUCAUCUUGGUAGAGUCACGUAUCCACCGCCUGGCCAGGUACUACAAGACUCGUAAUGUGCUCCCCCCAACCUGGAAAUAUGCAUCAGCUACCGCCUCAGCCCUAGUUGCAUAAAUAAAAUACGUUGAGAA